CAGAUGCAGGUCCUCCAUAUCAGUUGAAUAAACAUAUCACUGGAUACAUUAUGUCCUUCCUACAUUUCAGUGUAAUUUUAGGGUUAUGUGUGGUGAUCUUGUCCAGGAUUACGUGGAGAAGUUAAAGCAUAUGGUGAAAGAUGGCGUCUUCUACAUGUACGAGGCCCUACAUGGACCUCCCAAAAAGAUCCUGGUAGAAGGAGCCAACGCUGCCCUCUUAGAUAUUGACUUUGGAACGUACCCUUUCGUGACCUCGUCUAACUGCACAGUAGGCGGGGUGUGCACGGGCCUAGGCAUGCCACCUCAGAACGUGGGUGAGGUGUACGGCGUGGUCAAGGCCUACACCACCCGGGUUGGCAUCGGAGCCUUUCCCUCUGAGCAGUUCAAUGACGUUGGGGAGCUCCUGCAGACGAGGGGGAAAGAAGUGGGUGUGACCACGGGCCGUAAAAGGAGAUGCGGUUGGCUGGACCUCGUGCUCAUCAAAUAUGCCCACAUGAUUAACGGCUUCACUGCCUUAGCUCUCACCAAACUAGACAUCUUGGAUGUGCUCCCUGAGAUCAAAGUUGGUGUGUCAUACUCUGUGGACGGUGAAAAUAUACCUCAUUUUCCAGCCAACCAGGAAGUCUUACAAAGUGUUGACGUUCAGUAUGCCACCCUGCCAGGUUGGAACAGUGACACCUCUGCCGUCAGAACGUUCGAUGAGCUGCCAGAGAACGCCCAGAAAUAUGUCCUCUACAUUGAGGAGCACCUCGGUGUGCCCGUGAAAUGGAUUGGAGUCGGAAAAUCUCGGGAGUCCAUGAUCCAGAUCUUCUAAGAGCUUCUCCUCCAAACCCUCAGUCCCCUCUUCCUACCUCCAGAUGGCUGCCUGGUUCCAGGGGCCUGUGGCCUGGGAAGGUGGUCUAUGCUGCAUGACACCCCCCCCCCCCCCCCCUCAUUGGAGACUCUUCAAAAUUGCCUCUGGUCAUUAAGAUGGAAGUACACUUCAGCUACAUCUCUUACUCCCCAUGUAUGGUUUGUGAGAAAGCCCCCUCUUCUGGCCUUUCUGGAUCUGCUCUUCUGCCACACUUGCACAUGCACUACAUACACACUCAUAUCCAUUCAAUAUCCCCAUAUUCCAACUUCUGAUCCAGAUGUGUGACACGCUGUCAUUCACCUGUCUACAAGCCAAUGUCAGACUGUUCAGUAUGACCAUAUGUACAGUGCUGCAGUGGAACUUGGUUGAUUCAUUAACUGAUGUUUUGUGGCUGUAGUGUGAUGAAAUCACUUGUGCCCGUUUGUGUAGAUGUAUUCUUUAUACCUAGCAUGGCCAUGAAACAGCCCUCUAGCAACUACAGAUUCCACGUGUUCUGCAUGGACAACUGUCCCUGACGAUACCAGUCUCUGUAUUCAAAUUGGAUAAUUGCAGAAAAUGUAGAAUCUGUUUGUUGUUACAAAGACCUUGUUCCCAGCAACAUAGCUGGAACAAAGCCAUUAUGCAAGAAAAUAGAUUUAGGUUCCAUUACAAUCUUAAAUGGGCCUUUUGGAGGCGUCGCAAUCAAACAACCUCAUUAAUUUCCCUCAUUAAUUUCCCCAGUUGACUAGAAAUGUUAGUUGUCUCAUUUCAAAGCAGUAAAAAGUUGUACUACUAAACAGUGAGCAGUUUAGGUCAGUUAGCAUGUUGAUGGGUCAUCUUGCUAUGAAACUCCACAUUUUGAAAUUACGCAUGAAUGCAAUCCUAAAUUUAAGCUCCACCGCGAACACGAUGUAGAUAUGCUAAACUCUAGUCUUAGGACUUCUACACGAUCAUAUCAGUGUAUAUUUUAUUUCUAGGACUAGGUAUGGUUGAUUUCUGUUCUGCUACUGUUAGACGUGUGGGUGUCUCUGCAGAUGUAGUGUAUUAGACAGCAGAUUGUCUCCUGACUCAGUGACCACUAUGUAACAUGUGUUUCCCGUUAGUUCUAUUUCAAUCACUAAUAUACAAUCUAAAUAUUUAAAAUGAAAGUCAUUAAAUGAUCUUGCCUGUUUACGCAUGGAUUGAAUAUA